AUGGAGAAGGACAGCACCAUUGGAAAUGAGGGUACUAUCCAGGACGCGAGCGCCAUGGAUAUCGAUGACGAGGUCCGCUCCCAUGAAGAAGAAUUGGCUGAAAUGGUAAUCAAUGGUGACGACCUCCCUGACAGACAGCAGAUUGGCAAAGAAAAGCUUGAACGGGUGAUAGCAAUCCUUAUUGACAAGUCUGUUCCCAACGACUGGCGCUCAAUGGCUGUCGCAUACGACUACACCUUUGAUGACGCUAUACGUCUUCAUGAGUCGUAUGUUAAUUGCAUCGAUGUCAUCAAUAACCUUGAUGACCUUUUCGAGGAGAUUUGCAAAGUUGGUGAUCCCUUGAUUCUGACCCAGCGCUGUUUCCAAAUUCUUUUAAAUCGAAUUCUGUACUUAUCCGGAAUUCUGGUGCGUCGCUCGAUGCAAGCGGCCGUCAACAAAUUAAUCAAGUGCAAGUCGAUGGAGGCGCUCAAAGCGUGGUUUCAUGAAGACUUGUACAAUCCGAAAGCGAUCAUGACCAUUGCCUACGCCUUGGUACACAAACUGCCCAAGGUGUACCUGUUUGGGACCGCUUGCGACAUGAUUGCCAUCACUCCUUUCUGUACGGGGCUCGGUGGAGUGUACCCGCUCAUUGCAGGCAAGUUCGACCUCCCCUCGUGUAUCAAAAUUCAUAUCGUGUUGUUUGAAGAUUUGAGACACCAGCCCCACUGGUAUCAACCAGGCCCACUGGCGGUGCCAUUAGAUCAUCUUAGGGAUCUAUAUCACAACGCCAUAGAAGUGGAUAAUGGCUUCAAGAUAAAGUCUGUAUAUGGCCGCCCGACACAACUAGACCCCAAAAUCGAGGCCAUCUUCUCACGUUAUCGGAAUGGCGUGCAGGUAGACCUUGCCUCCUUGCCUGAACCCCUACAAUUGACGGCCUGGGCUCACCGUUAUGAUGAAGGCAUGAUGGUCUAUGAGUGGAUCGAUGCAGUGUUCAACGAAGCCAUGCCCGUGGCGUCCUUAGUCACCGACUGCAAGAUCAAGACCGUCGCAUUUUUGGUCGAGCGUGAUUGUGGGCUUUGGCAGUGGGGAGAUAGCGUCAACAAUGCGGAAUUGUAUGAGUGUCGGACCCUUCAAGAUUUCCGGAGAUGGUGCUUCCAACACCUCAUCAUGGCGCGGGGGAUCUGGGCGAAGAUGUUCGCUCUACUCACCCCUGGGUUGGAUGACAACCACUCCUCGUUGACCACGAUGUGGCUCAACUGCCUCACGGUGCCGUUUUUGGGGGAGUUUUACUCUUUCUUCUUGGCGCUUGCCACCUUCCACUCAUGGCACGACGGGUCGUUCAAGGCUGAGUACAUCAUCACGGAGUUGAUGGGUACGGUGCAAACUUGGUGGUUACCCUGCGACGAUCUGGAGUUGCCGAUGCUGAUGGAUGCCGUUGUCGAGCGGAUCCAAAGCAUGAACCGGGCGUAUGUAACCUUAGAAGUCCCUCCGCGGAUUACCGAGGCCGAUAUCUUACGCGAACGAGUCACUAAUUAA